GAGAGGCGGGGAGCUGGAGCCAGCAGCUCCAGGCUGCCUCCCUGCACCUUGCCAGCCGGGCUGGGGACUCUGCUGGGGGUCAGCAUCUUCUCAACCCUCAACCCAUGGGGUGUGUGGAGCCCCCCAGGACUCCCUCCUGCCUCAAGCACAUCUCCCCACUGCUGCCCACCCCCAGCCUGGCAUGGAGAGCCUGAGCAGCAGCCUGAAGAAGAAAGCCACGGAGCAGCACUACAGAGCAGAGGUGAUGAUUGCUGGAGAGCAACUGAGGCUUCGCCUCCACGAUGGGAAGCUCAUUAAGGACAGACGGUACCACCUCCGCACGUACCCCAACUGCUUCGUGGCCAAGGAGCUCACGGACUGGCUCAUCGACCGCAAGGAAGCGCCGGACAGGGAGACCGGCAUCCGCCUGAUGCAGAAGCUGAUGGACCACUUCAUCAUCCACCACGUCUGUGACGAGCACUCGGACUACAAAGACGCCAAACUGCUGUAUCGCUUCCGCAAGGACGACGGGACCUUCCCUCCCACCAAGGACGUGAAGGUGUUCCUCAGAGGGCAGAGUCUCUAUGAGAAGCUGGUGAGUGGGGAAGAGUCCAUCCUGAAGGUGAGAGAGGAGAACUCAGUGAAGUACCAGAGGACUUUCCUGGGCUGUGAGAUGAUCGACUGGUUGGUCCAGGAGGGAGAAGUGGAGACCAGAAAGGAAGCAGUGGAGCUGGGCCGGGUGCUGCUGGAGCACGGGAUCAUUCAGCACGUUUCCAACAGGCAUCACUUCUUUGACAGUGAUAUCCUCUACCACUUCUGGAUCAACUUUCGCCGCAGGCGGCGUCUCACCGAGCUGCUCAACGAGAGCUCUUCCCGCGCCCUCUCCGAGAGCCCAGACAGCCCCUUCUGCCUCCGAAAGCUCAACCCCGACCCAGGCAACACCAGCUUUCUCUCUGUCCAGACCAACAAGGAGAUCAAAAUCGUCUCAGCAGUUCGAAGGAGCAGCAUCACUUCCCUCGCUGGGAACUCCAACCCUUACUUCAGCACUGCUCCUACCUUGAUAUUCCCUCCCGUGGCCGAGUGCAACCCCAAAUCAGUGUUAAAGAGACCCGUCACCAAUGAAGAGCUCCUGUCCCCUGGGGCCCCCUACAUCAAGAAAACCUUAACUAUUGUGGGGGAUGCAGUGGGCUGGGGGUUUGUGGUCCGAGGAGGAAGACCUUGCCACAUCCAGGCAGUGGACCCAGGAGGACCUGCUGCUGCUGCAGGGAUGAAGGUGUGCCAGUUUGUUUUCUCAGUGAAUGGGAUGUAUGUUUUGCAUCUGGACUAUCAGACCAUCAGCAGCCUCAUCAUGACAGGACCACGAACUCUGGUGAUGGAAGUCAUGGAAGCUGUUGAAUGAGAAGAGGAGUCUCAUCCCAGGGCUGUGUGGAAAGGCAGGACCCCAUCUCCUAAGCCAGGAGGGACAGUGGAGAGGGAUCUAGCUCGACCAUUCCCUCUGAAACAUUGGCCAGGCAUUUUAGUGUCCUUUCAAAUAAACACAUUCUAAUGGACAA